AUGAGCACGAACAACGUUAAUGCUCAACAGCAACAGUUCAGCAGUGAUGAUAAUAAAGGUUAUCAAUCUAAACAAAACGUAGUGGCAAAUAUUGAUUUUCCUCUGCUGGAGAAUGAAAACUGUGUCAUGAGCUCGAUUCACUGUCCUCAUUCCGAUAAGGAUUACAUUGUUGCUAUCACUGUAAAAGUUAAUAAUCCCUAUUCACCAGACAACAAUCCGCAAGUGUUUGUUGGAGAAAUUAUUAUAAUUAAUGCUGAUGAUGAUAAUUCCACAACGAAAUUCAAAUUAAAACACUCGGAAGAUAUGCACUGGCCCAACCCUAUUCUAGAUUAUUUCCUUUAA